UCCAAGACUUGGGUAAAGUAUGAUAUACUCUAAGCUAGGUUAGCUCCUAAGGUUUCUUGCUCUGAGUUUUUCCUCUUCAUCCUUGGGAUUUUCACAACCAACUAGGCCUCCCUUUUCUCUAUUUCCUUUCUGUCUCAUCUUCUCAAUCAAAUUCUUUUGCUAAAAUCUUUUACCCUUUAUAAAUAUAUACCACCUCACACACAAAAGCAGUACUCACUACUAGAAGUCACUGCUGGUUUUUAUCUUUCAAAGAGUUUCAUUCAUCGAUCCCCCUUACCCUUCCUUCUCUCUCUCUCAUGGCUGAUAAUACUAUCACCAAUAACUCAACUCUAAAGCUCUUUGGCUUCAAUAUUUUAGAGAAUAAUAUUCCCGUUGAUUCAAGAAAAUCUCCAUCUGGGUCUCCGGAAUCAUUGACUGAAGGUCGAAAAUAUGAGUGCCAAUAUUGUUGCCGGGAGUUUGCCAACUCGCAAGCACUAGGUGGCCACCAAAACGCUCACAAGAAGGAAAGGCAGCUUCUUAAGCGCGCACAGAUCCAAGCAACGCGUAACCUGGCUGCUUCUUAUGUACCUACUUCCAUGUUCUCCACCUUCAAGCCGCUUCCACCACAUCUCCUCCCACCGGCGAUGGUUCCGAUGGCAGCGAGGCAGCGUCAGUGUCCUUCAUGGUUUUACACGUCCCAUUCGAGUCUCAUCUCAAAUGGCAGCGGGCCUGACCCUGGAAGGCGUGUGGAAGGCGACGUUCUGGCAUUGGAUGAGGGUUUGGGGUUUCAUCCCAGAAAUUCAAUGGCGGCCUGGAGUGGAUUUACCAGAGAAGAGGUCGGGUCUCACCGUGAUAAGGGAUUAGGUAAUUUGGACUUGCAUUUAGGUCUUUGAUCACCUGUACAAUUAUUUGGGCUUGAUUCAAUGUUGAUGAUAUGUAGAGCCUUGUUGUGCCGUUAAUUAGGGACAUGUAUACAUUUUCCAAUUUGGUGCACUUUUUCCUCAA